AUGGGGGGGCUGGCGGCGGCGGCGGAGCUUGCGGGGCCCUUGGAAAUGCUUCCUCCGGUGGAUUUCUGCUGCGCUUACGGCUCCUCCCUGCUGCCCAACAGCGACAGCAAGGUCGGGUCUCUCCUUCUGAGCUCGGAAGCUUCGUUUCUGUCUUCUCACCCCCUCGGCCUUGGAUUCCCAGUCGGCCAUGGUGGAUUACAUCUUGGGCGUCUCGGAUCCCGUUCAGUGGCAUUCUGAGGUACGAAUCCCUCUCGCCGAGGCUGGAUUACGUCUGUUACUGCCCCCGGGAUCUUUGACUUUUUCGUGGAUUGCUGUCGCCGGUGAACGAAACUCAGAACCUGGAGAGGAACAGGCACCAUUACGCUUCGUGGAUGGCUCGCCUCGGCCCGAAGACGGUAGGGUUCUUGGGACCGUCCCGUUUGGGUCUCCCUUCUCUUCGCCGAUCGGAGUUCGUCGUCGUCCUGUUAAAGCUCUCGGGGCCGUUCGUUGAUUCAGAUCACUCGAGUUGCAGAUGGGAUCGGCGUGGGGGUUCACUUCAAUCCCUUCGUCCAGUGGAGCGACAAGGUCUGAUUCUCUGCUAUCCCUGGAGAGCGCUCGCAGUUUCUGAUCAUUCGGACUCUCUCUCUCUCUCUCACUCAGUUCCUUGACUUUGGAUCUUUAAUCCUUCUAGAUGAUCAAGUAUGGAGUUGUACGGAUGCAAGAUCUAGCUCGGGAUGUGCUGACUUGGGACAGAUUCUAUCUGAGUGGCCGCUUGCAGAAACCUGUAGGUUUGAUCUCCUGAGCUCUGCUUCUUUUUAAAAAAAAAAGAUUCUUUUUUCCUGGAGUUUUGACGGAUUUAGUUGGUGAAAUAUAUUGCGGCCAAUCGAAAACAAUCGAUGGUUUUUGUUAGAAUUUUUAAUUAUAAAAAAAAUUCCUUGUGCUUGAAAAAAAUUAAAAUUUUAAAAGACAUUAUAUUUACUGAAUGACUGUAAAUAGAUUAGGUGAUGCACCAUUGACCUUCUCUUGCUCCCGCCACUCUGCCAGGUUCAGAUCCUCAUUGACAAUUAUGAUAUUGGGAAGGUCAACGAAGUCAACCUAAAGGCAGCAACUGCCGCCGCCUUACUUCUCUCAGAACCUGAGUUCACAGAGGUUUGAUCGAUAAUCGUUGAACAGCUGCUGUAGAAAUUUAUAGAAAUAUUUGAUUCUUCUCAUGAACAUUGCAGAACAUUUAUAGAAAAUCUUCUUCCUUUUUUUCUUUUUUUUUUCCACCGAUGAACAGGAGGAGUUGUAUUCAAAAAUAUGCAGCCUCUCAUACAUGGGCGACCUGCGGAUGCUAUUUGCGGAAGACAAGAACAAGGUCAACCCCCCCCCCUCCCCCCCCACCCCUCUGACCUUGACUCUCAUACCUGGCAGAGACGACAGCUGGAUAACGGCCCCAAUGAUCAGAGGUUUAGGAUGAGGGGGGGGGGGGGGGUUUAGACUUUGGAUGAACCACAAUCCAGAAGAUAUUAGUGAUACAAAAAUGGGCAUCUGAAGAUUAUGAGAAAUCUCUGGAGUAUGUUCUUGAUGUGGGAUGGCUCGAAUGAUCCAAAGUUUUGCCUGCUUUAUUAUUCAGAAUUGGUGAAAAAUAUAGAUGAAAUCAACCAAGACCAGACCAAAUUAGUAAUCCAGUAGAACCCAUGUGAUGAAGAUCAUGAGGAGUGAAUGAGAAAGAUUUGGAUGAGCAUGUUCUUGAUGAUUAAUAUAUAUAUAUAAUUUUAUUUUUAUUUUUUUCGGAAUGGGAUCAUGAAUGAAAGAAGAGGAACCUUGGGGAGAGAUCCGUUUACUGAAUCAUCUGGUUCUUGGUUUGAAAAGAUUGUGAUCAGACUUUGGGAAAUCGGAAAAAAAUAGGACUAGCUGGAGGAUCUGUUCAAGAAAUGUGUGCCAGAGAGAGAACCUCGUCUUCUGAUGAUUCUCGGGAAUCUCUGUGCUCGACCUUCUCGCUCCUCUCUCCUCUCUCUGAUCUUCGUGGUCAGCUAUAACAGGUGAAAAAAAUAGUCAGAGGAAGCUCGGGGGCUUUCCAGGAGAUGUACAGACCAUUCAUAGUGGAGUACCUCAUCGAGGGGCAGCUGCUCGAGUUGUCGGACAGUGCCCACCAGAUGGCUUUCAGACAGGUCAGCCUCUGGGUUUCUACCAAAGUCAACGGAGGUCCGCCCACUCGGCCUCUCAAGCAUUUUGACUUUGCAGGACUGCGGAUUGGCUGCUACGCGGUCGCUCUUCUCGUCUCUGCCAUGGGCGGCUCAGUGGCGGCUGGAGAAGUCUGGCCCAGGUGACCUGGCUUUUCCCUUUCUUUAGCGCGAGAGAGAGAGAGAGAGAGAGAGAGGUGCUUGAAGCUUUAGAGAUCUUGGUAGUUGCAGGUGGAGAAGUAGCCGCUGCAGCAAGAGCGGAGGCUGCGGGCUGGACAAGGAGGGCAUUGAGGCGGCGGGUGAUGGUUUCAAGCGCGCGGCAGGCGGUGUCCGGGCUGCUUGCAGCUGGUGGGGUCAACGCGGCUCGGUAUCUCGGGAAGAAGAUAAAUAAGGCGUGGAGAUCAUCCCGGGGAUCUUAA